AUGGCAGCGCCUGUCGUAGACGCGUCCUGGGAGCGCGUCGAUGCCUUUGAGCCGCCGCCCAUGGAGCAGGAGGGUGCGUGGGAACUUGUAGAAGACACAUCGGAGCUCAUUGUGCUGGAUUUGGCGCAGGCCGAGAGUGCCUCAUCGCAAGCGCCGACUGCGCCAGGCACCGAUGUUGUGCUGACGGGACUGGAGACACCGACGCCCAUGAUCAAGGUCGGUGAUACUGUCAUGCUCGGUGUGCAUGACGAGCUGCUGGGCAGUGAGAUGGUGCUGGAACGGACCGCUGACGCGCUCACACCGCUCGGUCCCUUGGACGGCAGUCGUCCCAGUGGCGCGAGCAGCACAUCCACACGACGCAUCACAUUCACGCCAGCACGACGCACCACGCAUCAGGUCCCCGCACCCGAGGUAGAAGAGGAGGAUAUGCCCCUGGCAUGGCAGGCCCCUGUAUAG